AUGUCUCUCCACCGACGAGGAUUCUCGUCUCGGCGUAUCCUAGUCGCAAUCGCAUUCUCUUUCGCUCUAUGUAUCCUGUAUUAUACCCACUUACGCAACACUCAGAGCGACCCUCUCCCCGAGCUUAUUCCGGAAGAAGACGUCGUUUUCUGGCCCACCGAACCACCAGAAAUAUGGGCUGAACGUGCUGUCCAAGUCAAGAAUGCUUUCCUGCAUGCCUAUCAUGGUUACGAGCGUUAUGCCUUUCCCCAUGACGAAUUGACGCCGCUCUCGAACGCAUCGACAAACAGCUUCAACCAGUGGGGGGUGACCGCAGUGGACUCGCUCGACACCAUGCUUCUCAUGGGACUAAAAGACGAGUACGAGCGUGCGCUUCCGAUGAUUAUGAACACCAAUUUCUCACUCCCGGCGAAUACCGCGGUGCCCUUCUUCGAGACCGUGAUCCGUUACCUGGGCGGAUUGUUGUCUGCUUAUGCCUUGUCCAACGACACACGACUACUCACCAAAGCGGAUGAACUUGGGGCCAAGCUUUUACCUGCAUUCAAUACUGAGAGCGGUCCCCCUGUCGGCAUGCUGGCUGAAAUUGCAUCAUGGCAGUUGGAAUAUUCUUAUCUUGGCAAAAUUACCGGCAAGGAGGAAUACGCCGAACGCGCAACCAUGAUCACUGACCUUUUCUACAAUGCUAACUUGACAAUUCUCCGGAGGGAUCAAUAUCUACUAACGGCACAAACCGACAAGGAAAAUCUUGAAAUGUACAUCAGAAUGACUACUCAUGUCAUUAACAAUCUUAUGUUUAUUUCACCACAGCGCCACCUCGUAUACGUGACCGAUAUGUCGACCUACAAGCUCGAGGACACCAGGGUUACCCAUCACUUUGAACACUUGUCAUGUUUCUUCCCGGGCUUAUUAGCCCUUGGCGUAAAAAUGCUUCCUCUCGACGACCUCGAAUCUGUAGGGAUUAACUUGGAAGAGCUUACCCGAGAUCUUUUACCCAGGGACCGCGGGGGCUACGAGGCACUUUCCGAGUUCAACCUCACGGAUCUACAUUUGUGGGCCGCAGAAGCCAUCGCCCAGACCUGCUACAUUACCUACGCUGACCAGCCGACAGGGCUGGGUCCCGAAACAGUUUCCAUGCGUGCUGGUGGAAAGUUCGGUAUCACACGCUGGAUGAGUGCUGUUCGUGCAUGGGAUAGGCAAGGUAGACGAGGACCUCCGCCUGGUGUCGGUGAUAAGCUGCCCUGGUCUGAACCACCGGGUUUGGUUUCCACCAAAGAACGAGAUCGGGCCACAGUCACGCGGGACUAUGGUGUUAGAAACAUUGCGUAUUACCUGAGGCCUGAGACUGUCGAAUCGUUUUAUAUGUUGUGGCGGGUGACAGGGGAUGUGAGGUGGCGAUACCGUGGAUGGCACGUUUUUCAGGCUAUAGAACGAGAGGCCAAAACGUCAUCGGGAUAUGCAUGUGUGGACCGAGUUCACAUGAAAGUGCCUGUACUGCUGGAUUCCAUGCCUAGCUACUUCUUGGCUGAGACUCUCAAGUAUCUAUAUCUGCUAUUCUUGGAUGAGGAUAUCGUUCCAUUGGAUAGAUGGGUCUUCAACACGGAAGCCCAUCCGUUACCCGUAUUUGCGUGGACACCGGAGGAAUCGGUCGCCUAUGAAAUAUAG